AUAGCUGGUCUCCUUUUGAAAAUCGUUUCAAUAUUUUUAUAUUGUUAAAAAAACUUCGUGAUGACAUUUCUAAUUUGACACUGCGUUUUGGAAAACAAAUAUUAACCGAACAGCCGUAGGCUACUUUAGUGAGACUACAAGGCGAUCAGUCGGGGUUCAUUUUCCUAUGGCUAAUCAUGAUCGGAAUAAGAAGAUCCUUUUGGAUUUAGCGAAACAUCCCGAUAACAGCCAAUGCGCCGACUGUGGGGCUCCAGACCCUGACUGGGCGUCUUAUAAACUCGGUGUCUUUCUGUGCCUCAACUGCUCCGGGACGCAUCGCAACCUUUCCACCAUCAGUCGCGUCAAAUCCAUUCGUCUGGACUUCUGGGACGAUGAGCUUGUGGAGUUCAUGAGAGCCAACGGAAACGCUGUUGCGAGAGACCUGUUUGAAAAAGCAGUCCCUCCGUUCUACUAUCGACCACAACAGCAGGACUGCGCAGUCCUGAGAGAGCAGUGGAUUAGAGCCAAGUACGAAAGACAGGAGUUCACAGGAGAGAUCCAGCAGCCCUACGCCUCAGGUGUUUUUGAAGGGAUGCUCUGGAAGAAGGGAAAGGACAAUGGGCAGUUCUUGAAGAGGAGAUUCAUUCUGUCAGACAGGGACUUCACCCUGAGAUACUUCACAAGCGAUGGGCCAACCAAGGGCCCCAAGGCGGUGAUCUCCAUAGAGACCCUGAAUGCCACAUUCCAGCCAGAGAAGAUCGGCCACGGGCACGGGCUCCAGAUCACUUACCUGCAGGAUGACCACACCCGGAACCUGUUUGUGUACCAUGAGAGUGGUCAGGAGAUUGUUAACUGGUUCAAUGCUAUUCGAGCUGCCCGUCUCGCCUAUCUGAAGACAGCCUUCCCAACGGCCAGUGAUAGCGAACUGAUGCCUUGGAUAACAAGGAGUUACCUGAAAGAAGGUUACAUGGAGAAAACAGGCCCGAUGCAACGAGAGCCAUUCAAGAAGAGGUGGUUCAUCUUGGACUCUCAGGAGAGAAAGCUGCUCUAUUUCAAAACCCAGCUGGACGCGAUGGAGCUGGGCGCAGUGUUCAUCGGCACUGAGAACCACGGUUACUCCGUGCGGGAGAGCGAGCCCCGGGGCGCCAGGGGGAACAGGUGGAAGUGCGGCGUGACGGUGGAGACGCCCGACCGGCAGUUCGUCUUCAUGUGUGAGCAGGAGCGCGACCAGAGGGAGUGGGUGGAGGCCUUCCGGCAGGUCAUCUCUAAACCCAUGCUCCCCCAGGACUACAACACUGAGGCAAAGCUGAGGAGGAAAAGAUGACUGCUGGAGUGUGUAGACACAAUCGAGAGCGCCGGGCCCCACACACCUGCCAAUGGAUAGUGUGGCCACCCUG